AUGGUUUUCACCAUGAUGGUGCUCGCAGGUCGCAAGGAUGGAAUCACCCACGAAGAGUUCAAGAGAAGAUAUGAGCAACACAUGUUGCUGGUGGAGGAGAUAUGCGGUGACGCCAUGCCCCUCAAGCACACGAGAUGGUACCCGCCGCACGGAGCGGACGGCAAGCCGAUUCUCCUGUCCGGCAAUACCGACGAAAUGUAUUAUGAUGUGAUUGCAACGAUCACUUUCGAGGAUAAAGCCGGUAUGGAGCGAUUCAGUGCCGCGUUGACGGCACCUGAGGCGGAUGCGAGAAUCAUGGCUGAUGAGGCUGGAUUUUGGGAUCGCAACAAAAUGCAUGUCACGGUCGGUGGAGACGUCAAGGUGUGGGAAAAGAAGUGA